AUGGGCAAAUCAAGCAAAGACAAGCGCGAUGCAUACUACCGCCUCGCAAAGGAACAGAAUUGGCGCGCCCGGUCCGCCUUCAAGCUGAUCCAGAUUGAUGAGCAAUUCGAUCUGUUCUCGUACCAAGAUCCAUCACAAUGCACGCGAGUAGUCGAUCUGUGUGCCGCACCGGGCAGCUGGUCACAAGUGCUGUCGCGAGUGCUGAUAAAGGGCGAGUCCUUUGGGCGGAGAGCGUGGGUUGACAAGAUGAAGAGGCACGAAGAGCUCAAGCGGCGGCAGGACAAGGAUAGCAGUGAUCUCGACGUACCCGAAAUUUCGACUUUGGACAUAUCAGACGACACGGAGCUACAACCACGACCCAAUGUACACAUCGUUGCCAUCGAUCUCCAACCCAUGGCACCGCUGGCCGGCAUAACGACGCUAAAAGCUGAUAUCACACAUCCGACGACUGCGCCUCUGCUGCUCAAAGCCCUCAACCCCGACAACCCAUCGUCUCCAGAACCAGUCGACCUGGUCAUCUCCGACGGUGCGCCGGAUGUCACUGGACUGCACGACCUAGACAUCUACAUCCAGGCACAACUCCUCUUCGCGGCUCUGUCACUGGCGAUGAAAGUGCUCAGACCCGGUGGGAAGUUCGUUGCGAAGAUCUUCCGAGGCAGGGAUGUGGACCUAAUUUAUGCGCAGCUCAAGUGUGUCUUCGAGAAGGUCACGGUAGCCAAGCCAAGGAGCUCGAGGGCAAGCAGUCUGGAGGCGUUCGUUGUGUGCGAGGGCUACACAGGUAUACCGUUAGAGGAAGACAACACAAUCAUUUCGCACUCGUUGAAGCAGGACGCAAAGGUCAGUGAGGAAGACGAAGAACCACAGCAGCCAAAGUCGCAAGUCUUGCGCGAAGAUGGAGUGCUGGAGAUCUCUUUCCAGGACUCGUUGCAGCACAACCAGCCACCACCGCAGCGAUGGAUUCCUCCAUUCCUCGCCUGUGGCGACCUCUCAGCUUGGGAUUCCGAUGCGACGUACAAGCUGCCUCCGGGGCAUGUUAGUCUCGAUCCAGUACAGCCACCUACAGCGCCUCCGUACAAGGCUGCUCUAGAGCGACGAAGAGCCGAAGGUGGUGCUUAUGGCAAGACUGGCAGUAAGAAGUGA